GAAGUCAAAAUGGCAGCUCACUGGACAUCGCGAUGUUGUCGAGUUUUGUUUUCAUUGAAUUCACACGUGCUAAACUCUGCUUUCACAAACCCAGCUAGCAGAUUUUGCAGACUGAAUCUAAUGCGUUGUUCUACCUUUCACACCUCUGUUAAGCGACCAGGACUAGAUGAGUUCUUUGAGGACAAGAAACUCUGGACAGAGUCAGAAAUUACUUGUGGUCGACCAUGGAAGCUGGAUGAAUUACGUAUCAAAAGCAAUGAGGACCUACACAAGUUAUGGUACGUACUGUUGAAGGAGCGCAACAUGUUGAUGACGAUGGAGCAUGAGUAUAAGAGGGCCUGUGAAUUGUUCCCCAGUCCAGAGAGACUAGACAAGGUGGACGAGAGUAUGAAGAAUUUGUUGUCAGUCGUGGACGAAAGGAAUGAAGCUUAUAACCUUUUGGAAACUGGCAAGACUGGAAAACCCGAAAUAGUAGAAGACAGAAACAUAUUAGGACUGAAAGUAAAACGGCAGACCAGAGAGCAUUUCAUCCCGCCUUUCAUGAACAAAAUGCACAAGGCAUUGCACCCACCUUACACGAAGAUACGAGGAAAGUACAUUCAUCUGUACGCGGAAAAACUCCGUAAAGAUCGCCAUCGCGCACAUGCCAAGGAGAAGCGUCGCAUUGCAGAGUUAAGGAAGCGCUUUCCACAUAUUGACAUUGAGGAUCCGCCAAAAGAAGGAUGGUAGUGGUUGUAAAACAAGAGGACACCGUUUCCACCCACCAUAAUCCUGGCUGCCGUCUUAUAAGUGAAAUAUUCUUGAGUACGGCGUAAAACACCAAUCCAAUAAAUAAAUAAAUAAAACAAGACAAAGAUAAAGCACAUUACAUACUAUACUUCAAUUCAAGAGUUUGGAGAUAACUGAAGUAUGGUGACAUCUCUUUAUGCAGUGAAAAAAUAUUAUAGUAACCAGUACUGUUUGCUGAUGCAGUAAUUAUGGUGCCAUUGAAAUGAUUAGUGUGUGAUCAUUUCACAUUUGAUCACAGGCCACAUUCACAUUUCAGGCUGUGCGCCACUACACUCUCUACAACAGAGCAGCUGUGGCCAGUUACCACUGGCCUUUGAAGUUUAAAGUUGAACCGGCUUCCUAUGGCUAACAAAACACCAACAUUUUAAAAGUGGCACUUGUUAUUUUUAGUUCCUCAGUUUUCUUCUUUGCCAUCAGAGUUAAAGGAGAAGGGAAUAUAAAUUGCAAUGUAAAAUUUGUAUAAAACAAAUCUUUCAUGUCACUGGUAGGUCAAGUCCCAUACAUGUACCUGGAGUGAAAAUUAGCGCCCUGAACCCAUGUGCUGUAAACUCUCAUGACAUUUUGUCUAAAUAAUGGCCACAGAACAAAUGUGAGUGGGCUUUAUAUCAGAAGACUGCACAUCCUACAGUCAUUAUGAUACUUAUUGAUCCCAGAAUUUCUCUCUGUGAAAUCUCAUCAUGCAGGCACCAGAGUCAGUGUGGUUAAAUUGUUUUUUUGU